UUUCCUCUCGGGUGGAAUAUUCAAGCGAAAAAAGUAGUCUCCACGCAACAAACAACGGUCACGAGUUGCUCGAGUGGCGGAGGCAGUGGCGGCGGAAACGGUGGAGGCGGUGGAGACGACGGAGGCGGCGGUGGAGGCGGCGGCGGAGGCAAGCAAGAGACGCUCACGUAUGCAACCGCAACUGACGCGGUAGAGAAAGUGGAAGUAGAGGUCGACGAGGUUAAGAUGGAAGCCGAAGACCAUCUAGCGAGAGAGUACGUGCAGGAGUUCGUUCUCGAUCAUCUGGAUCCCGCUGACGUCAAACGAGAGGUACGAAUGGGCUCGCCGACGGUGAUGGUGAACAGCAACGUGGUGCAGCUCCCGGGUCAGGUGCAGCCGCAAAGUCUGACGCUGACGCCGCUGACUCCUCCCGCGCACGAGCUGGAGCAGCCCCAUCCCCUGUACGGCCAACCCCACAUCCAGGUGCAGCACGGGGUCCUGGUGAAGGCGCCGCCGGUCGCCGCGGCGCAUCUCACCACCCUGUCGCACCCGGGGACGCCGCCGGACACGCCGCCGGUCUCGGCCUCGCCGCCGCCGCUGCAGCUGCACCGCGGAGCCGAGCGAGAUCACCGGGUGGCUGGGCGAGACCCGCGGGACCGCGGAGGCAUCCUGCUGCAGCUGCAGCAGCCGCCGGCCCUGGUGCAGGACGAGAUACAAGUGAGCACCGGCGGCAUGAGCUGGCUCACCCAGUCCCUCAGGCAGGAACCCCUGGACCUGAGACCCCACUGUCCCCAAGAGCAGACCCCGGAGCCCCAUCACGAGUCCUGGUCCGCCGCACCGGUGCAUCACCACUUCCAGGAGCUGCAGCAUCUUCCAAGACCCACCAGGCACACGGGUGGAUACCUGACGAUGUCGAAUCAUCUGGACUACUAUAGCCCUGGGGCAGGGGGUGGGAUGCUGCCCGCCGGCAGCAGCGUGAUGCAGGGAAUGGAAGACAGCAUGCAGGGUAUACCGAUGCAACCCGGCAGACCUCUGAGCGUCUGUUCCGUCAGUUCCUGCGGGGCCGGGGGUCCCAAUUCGGUCCAUCGCUCGGCUAAUGGUCUCUAUUCCAAUUGCAACGGCUCGAAUCCUCAGGACGAGCUCAUGGACGACGAGCUGCUGAUGUCGCUGUCGGUGCGCGAGCUCAACAAGCGUCUCCACGGCUGUCCGCGGGAACAGGUAAAUGUGGUGCGGCUGAAGCAGAAGCGGCGGACGCUGAAGAAUCGCGGUUACGCACAAAACUGUCGCAGCAAACGGUUGCAGCAACGUCAGGACCUCGAGACGACCAAUCGGAAUUUGCAGACCGAGCUUCAGCGCACAAAGAUCGAUAUGGCUAGGCUGCAGCAGGAACGCGAUCUCUACAAGCAGAGAUACGAGAUGUUGAGAGCGCGACAAAGUCAUCACCACAGUCACAAUCACAACCAUCAUCAGCAGCAGACGCUGCAGCAACAGCAGCAGCAGCAGCAACAACACCAGACCCCGAAUCAGCAACCGCAUCCGCAGCAGCAACAACAACCGCAACAUCAACCCGCACCCGCAAGCCCCGAAGUCUAUCUGUGACAUCGACAGCGCCGAGGGGGCGCUUGUUGGACUUGAAAUCAUUUGUUACGUCAAUGGAUUCUUCCAUUGGUGAGUAAUAAACAAUUCAAUAAGUCUGCAUAUAUGAGGAACAAAUUAAUUAUAUCUUUGACUGUAUAAGAAUGGACUGCUAGCGGUCUGCAUAAACUAUGGGUUUGUUCUUUAUUGCUGCACUGGUGAACUAGCGUACAUUGGUGCAGUAAGUUAGAGUGAAACAAAAUAUAUUUAUCUCACUUUAACUUGUUGCACUAAUUCACCAGUGCAGCAAUAAAGAACAAACCCUAUAGCACUUCUGCGAGCCAACAUCUCAGUACCCAAAAACGCGCCAAAUUCAAAUAGUCAUUGAUAUAUUCAUAAACGUUUGGUCACAUAUGUUUAUAUUUAGGUUAUCAUAUUUUUAUAUAGGCUAAUAAGGUUGAACAAAUUUAUCAAAUCAACGUUAAGGGGAUGCUGCCGUAGUUCUGUUUUAUCGAUUUUAAGUUAAGCUAGGU